AUGACUAGGAAAAGAUACAAUCCUAAGACGAUUGAAAAUUAUCGAAGGAACUAUCAUAUAGAUGAUAAUAUAUUUGUUGAGAAUGAAUCAGAAUCUCUAACGGAGUGCCAUAUGGGUGACCAAACAAAUAAGUUCUUCUGCUUUUUGGUCAAGACGUGCACAUUUAUUGUUUUAGCAUCAACAUGGCAAUAUACGGAUAAGACGCAUGCUACCUCAACCUACAGUGAAUCAUGGGCUAGCAGAGGGAGACUAAAUGCAUUGGGUGUGAGGUCGGGCAGACUGUUAAUUGGAGAUGCAAAUAUAAGCAUUGAGCCAAAUUAUGAACUCUAUGAUGACAGAGAAGCAGAUGUGCUAAGGGAAAAUUACCAUUCUUCUAAAAAACAUCUGCAUGAAAUAUUUCUCGAUAGCAAUUUUCAAAAACGCUUAGAUGAUUCAGUAUACAAUAAUAGACGUGUGAGAAAGGCUAACAUGAAAGCCAGUGGAAGCGGUAAUAAUAGCAUAAAUAUGACGAGGGAGUCAUUAGAUUCGUUAAUUUUCGAUAACGAAUUUAAUCAAUUAAAUGAGGCUCAAAAUGAUCCAAAUCAGUUGGGAGUGAGGUUGGACGCCUUGCAACAUUACAAUAACUUUAAAGAAGAUAUUGAUGACGAACAACUAGAUGAGAGUUUUGUAAAUGGAUACACUCAUCUAGAAGAUGGUGGUAGAAAUGGUAAUAAUAAAGGAUUUAAUCCAAAUUAUAAUUCUAUGAUGAAUGCUAAGGAAUCACCCGGUUCAUCAAAUGUUGGCAAGGCAGCUAAAUCAAAUAGCCCGCGAACAGGUGACAAUAUUUCUGCAAAACGAUUGGAAGCUUUAAAUCGUUACAAUAAUUUUAAAGAAAAUUGUGAUGAAAUACAACUCGAUGAAGAUUUUGAAAAUAAUUAUUCAGCAUUACAAUUUGAUUGCCGUGCAAACAGGACACUUGAUAAUUUUAAAUCUAGUGAUAAUGUGAGCAAAAAUGUAGCUUUCGAAAAAAUGAGGGGUAAUCAUAGCAGCUCAAGUAAACAAUUUGAGGUACCAAGUGUUAGUGACAGUUUUGAUGAAUCUCACGAAACGAUAAAACAGUACAGUGAUUUUCAAGAUAAAGUUAAUGAUAUAAAAAUCGAUGAUGAUUUUAAGGAAGAAUUUUACUCAUUAAAACGAGGUGGUAAUGGAAAAGUACCUUUUCGUAAAAUUAAGGGUGACAUUAAUCGAAAGCAAGGAUUUAAUAAAAAUAAUAAUGUUCCUAGUGUCGCUAACUUUGAACAAAAAUAUGAAGAAUUAUCCAAUAAUGAUGAUUCGAACAGAAGAUCCGAUGCGCUGAAUUAUUACAACGAUUUUAAGGGAGAAGUGAAUGCAGAAACGCUUGAUGAUGAUUUUGAAAAGGGAUAUAUGGCAUUAAAUCCUGAUGAUGACGCAAACAUACAGAUGGAAUCACAAGGAGAUGCAGAGGGAGUUAAUGAAAUAGCUGAUAAAUACCCAAGUGAAGAUAAUUUUGGAAAUAUGUUUGAAAAAUAUAAGGGAGAUAACGAGUUUAAGAAGUUACACAGUUCGUUAAUGCGAAGUGUUAACAUGGACAAGCAUUUUGAUAAAAUAAGUGAUGAUGAUUAUGGCAAAACAUAUAAUUCAUUAAGACCUGAUGGAAGCACUGCUCAGAAUCUAGAGGACGAUCAAAACUCGGAUGACAAUAGUGAGGAUACUGAUGAAGAGGAUUCAGAGAAACUACAUGAUGCAUUGGAACAUUAUAAUGCUUUUAAGGAAAAAGUUAAUGAUGAACAACUUGAUGCUGAUUUUGAAAAUGAGGUUACUAGGCUAAUGGAGAAUGGAUUGCCCCCAAAUGAUGAAAAUUUAAUAAAAAGCGAUGUCGGUGCUAACAGAAGAUCUGAUAAACAUUCAGAUACAGAGAAAGCGAAUCAACAAUUUGACCAAUUGGGAGCGGUAGAUGAUAUGAACCACAUGGAGAGAUUCAGUGACGAUGAAGAUAGCACAACCAAACGAUUUGGUCGAUUGAAUGAUGGUAGGAGGAAACCAAUUCAUACUGAAGAGUAUGACCAAAAUGAAGAAGGCGAACAAAUAUAUGAUGAAAUGUAUGAUCAAAAUUAUGACGCGAAUCGAUAUGACGGAUCCAGAGGUGAAGGUGAUUCGAAUGAACAUUAUGAUAAUUUCAGGAAUGAGGAAAAUCCCCAAUUAAGUCUUUAUAAUCGAUUUAAAAAUAGAAGAAAUGUAAAAAAUGCACAACAUGAGGCACAAGUUAGUGCGGCUACUAUGGAGAAAUCAUUUGAAAAAUACAAAAAUACUGUAAAUGAAGACAGACUAGAUGAUGCAUUGGAACACUAUAAUGCUUUUAAGGAACAAGUGGAUGGAGAAACACUUGAUGACGCUUUUGAAAAGGGGGUUAAAAGGUUAAAGAAACAGAACCUUCCUAAAAAUGGGGUACAUCCUUCAAAAGGUGGUCCACAGAGCGGCCAAAAAAGAAGUGGAAAAAUGAAUGGAAUAAAUAAUGCAAACAGCAGAUUUGAGGGACCGAGAAACAAUGGAAGUAAUCACCAAGCCGAAUUGGAUGUGUUGAAGAGCAAGCAAAUUGACUCAUCGAAGCUUUACGAAUACAGCGAUAACGAGCAGUCAGAGAGAUCGAAAAAUGAAUAUGAUGAACAUGACGAUGGUGAAUAUGGAGAUGAUGAAUAUGAAGAUGAGAAUGAUGAAGGCGAAUAUAAAAGGUAUGACAAAUACAAGGGUGCAGUUCAUAAAGCAAAAAUGGCUGAUGACCAAAGGAGCGAUGUAACCAAAACCUUAAAAAGGAUUGAUGACAGAGAUAGUGACAUCCAUGAUCGCUCAAAAGAUGGCGACAGAAAUGGGGACAGAAAUGGAGACAGAAAUGGCGAUAGAAAUGGCGAUAGAAAUGGUGACAGAAAUGGUGACAGAAAUGGCGACAGAAAUGGCGAUAGAAAUGGCGAUAGAAAUGGUGACAGAAAUGGAGACAGAAAUAGUGACAGAAAAAGUGACAAAAAUGAUGACAAAAACGAUGACAAAGAUAGCACUAUAACUGGCAAAUCCAAAAAUGAUGACAAAGAUAGCUUUAUAAGUGGUAAGUCCAAAAAUGAUGACAAAGAUAGCUUUAUAAGUGGUAAGUCCAAAAAGGGUGACAAUGCUAGUACUAUAUCCGGUAAAUCCAUGGAUAUUAGAAAUAAGAAACUUUUCCAUCUAUUGAAAAAGGAUGACGAAAAUUAUAAAAGGCAGGCUGCUAAAUUAAUUAACUCAGAUAAUUACAAGAAUAAACUUUUGAGUGCUAUGCAACUUACUGACGAUUUUAAAAGAAAGUUUAAUAUUUUAAAACAUUCUGUUUCUACAGAGAAAAGAUUCGACGCCUUAAAACACUAUGAGAAGUUUAAAAAGGAGAUCCUUAAUAUACAGCUUGAAAGAGAUUUUAUGCGUGGAGUUAAUAAAUUAAAGCCUCGUAGCGAUACUAAAAAAUCGUUAUAUGCACCAAAAGAGGAAUCUGAUGACUCAUAUGGUUCAUCAGAGGAUAAAGAUUAUUCUGAUAGUCAAUCUGAUAGAUACACAAAUGAUGACGGGGAUAGAACACAUUAUGAUGGUGCGUCAAUUGAUGACCGUUCUGAUAGCCAAUCUGAUAGAUUAACGCAUGAUGGUAGGAGUAAGAAAGAGACUAAUACGAAAAAGAAGGAUAACUACUCUGAUCGUCGAUCCGAUAUAUCAGGACGUAAUAAUAGAGAUAAGAAAGAAUUAGUUAAAAAAGAAGGUAAGUAUUAUGAAGACACCCGUUCCAUUCGUGAUAACCAUGAUUCUAAGAGUCAAUAUAGCGUAUUAAGCAAGAAAAACACCCCAAAAAAAAGUUUUGCUAAAUCAAACAAUGGUACUAAUUAUUAUAAUUCUAAAAGUUCUUUGGUCGUUUCGAAAGAUAAUAAGGUGGUCAAGAAAAUAUUAGUUAAAUCAAAGGAUGGUAGUGUUUAUUAUGGUUCUAAGAAGUCACUUGUUGUAAGAAAAGAUAGUAGCGCGGAUAAGAAAAUUUUGGAUAAAAAAAAGGACCACGAUGAUUAUUAUGGUUCUAAGAAGUCAUUUGUUUCUUCAAAAGUAAAUAAUGAUGUCGCUAAGAAAAGUGAUGACAAACCAAGCGGUACUACUGAUAUUUGUGAGACUAAGAGCAUGUAUAGUGUAUUAAGUAAAAAUAGAUCUAGGAAAAGCCUUGAUAAGCCUCGCUAUACUACUAUUAUUUGUGAGACUAAGAGCAUGUAUAGUGUAUUAAGUAGAAAUAGGUCUAGGAAAAGCCUUGAUAAACCAGGUGCUCCUUCUGACCAUUAUGGUUCAAAGGCUUCAUUUCAUUCAUCCAAAGACAAGAAGGUGCUUAAGAGCAUUUCUGAUAAACCACACGAGGAGUCUGAUUCUGCAAAACCAUCAAAUGCGUUAAAGGAUGCUGACUCGGGUUCAAAAAGAAGCAUUAAUAAAAUAAACAAUGAAGAAAAGGGAAAAGGAAAUGAUAAAGAUGAUUCCCAUUCUGUGAUAUCCUUCCAUUCAUUAAAAGACAAACCCCAAGAUAAAAACAAAUCAUCUAAUUCAUUAAAUUCUGAUGAGGACAAUAUAGAUGAUCUAUAUGACGAAUUAGAUGAAGCUUUUACCUUAAAUAAACAACCUAAGGUAUUAAAACAAAGUAAAGAAGACUUCGACAAGCUACAUGAUGAUUUAAAAUAUGAUGAAAAAGAAUUUGAUACACUUUAUAAGGUAGUGGAAAGUUAUGAAAAAAUUGAUACAAAGAAAUCCAGUAGAUCAAGAGACAACGAUAACAAGUCUGUGAAAUCAGCCCAUAUAGCAGAUGAUGAUAAAGCCUCCGUGAAAUCACAUGAAGAAUCAGAAAAGGAUGAUGAUUCUUUGAAGUCUUCUUACACCUUGAAACGUAAAAGUUUUACUAGUAAAAAAUCCGACACAUUAAAACGCAAUGAUAAACCUAUGGAGAUAAAUCAAGCAUUCAGACGCAGUGAACAAAAUAUUUUACACCCUGAUGAAUUCAGACGUGAUAGAAAUUAUAAAGAUUCAAAUGAUAAAGCGAGAAAUAAUAGAAAAGACUAUAAUAGAGAAGACGAUUAUAGAAGAGAUAAUAAUAAAAGGGAUGAUCGUAGAAGGGAUGAUCGCAGAAGGGAUGAUCGCAGAAGGGAUGAUCGUAGAAGAAAUCGUAGCAGAAGGAGAGAUAUAGAUGAUGACUAUGAUAUAAGCAUAGAAAAUUUAAAAAGGAAAAAAAAGAGCAUUUUACAAAAAGUAUUACCAUUUAUAGGAGAUGAAGAUGAACCAUCCAAAUUAAGAAUGUUUAAUAAGAAAGGUUUGUUAUUAAAGAUUGUAAAAUUAAUCAAAAAAAUAGAUUUCAUGUUUGAAGUAGAAAUAAUGAAUUCAAUGAAAAGAUCUUUAAUGAGUGAUGCUUUCUUGAUUAAGCCAGAAACGGAAUUAAAUAAAACAUUUUAUUACAUCAAGAAAUAUAAAGUACUUACUCCAAUUUUAAUAACGUUAGUAUGUUUAGUCGCAUUUUACGCAGCAGGUUUACCAAAUGUAGCCUUUGGUACCGUUUUCGUACUUCUCGCCAUGAUAGUGUAUUAUAAUAUGAAAUUAACAAAGUGUCGUAAAAUGGGCAAACUGUUUAGAUGUUUUAGCGAAAGCAAUAAAUUCGAAAUAAGAUAGAAUCACCAAGAAUUGCUGUGUUUAAAAGCCUUUAAAUUUAAUCACGUAGAAAUUUGAAUGAAUUGAAAAUUUCGUGUUUUCAAGAGAGGGCACAUGUAUAAGCACCUAUAUAUACAUAUAUAUAUGGGUGUACGUAUUCGAGAAUACUUUAUAAGAUUUGACUUGUACCACAUAUAUAUAUAUUCUUUUUUAACUUAAGUUUUUUGUAAUAUAGUAUACCCCUUUAAUAUAAAUAGGCCAUUUUUAUGUUGUUCAUUUAAA